ACAUUCAACUAUCAGUGAAUCGACAGCAAUGAUCGAUUCUAUUGAAAAUAUUGAAAUACGACAACAAAUACAACAACAAUGGCGAAAAAUAAUUCAACAAGCCAAAGCUGAUUUAUGUAUAUUAAUUUUAGAAACAGCCGAAGAACAACGCAGUACAGCUGCAUUAAACUAUGACAAUCAUGCUAACAAACUGUAUUCGAUACAUCAUAAUGCACUUGAUUUCACAACAUUACCACUGAAAAUGAUCGAUUUAAUUCAUGAAUAUUGUCGAAUGAUAGGUGAACGUAUUCAAUCGAUUUAUAGAUAUAAGAUUGAAUGUUUUCGUUUGAAAUUAAACAAAAUACAACAUCAUGAAUAA